AUGGGUAGUGAUUGCUCCUCCGCUAAACUCUCAGCAUUUAGAAGUGAGAAUCACGGGUCAUUCGGAUAUGACCACCUACUCAUCGAUUUCAUUGUUAAGGUGGAUGGGAUGGAUGUUCUAGCAGUGCGAGAAGCCCUAAGGUUUGCCAGAGACCACGCUCUGAAUAGCGGCCCAAUCCUCAUUGAGGCUAUUUCAUAUCGAUAUAGUGGCCAUCGCGUUGGCGAAGAAGCUAUGAGUGACAGUGCGAAAGAAGACUUGGGUGUAAUCAGACUAACAAAAGACCCUAUAGAUACCUUUAAGAAGAAGAUUCUUGACAAACGUUUAACUGACAUAGAUGAAUUGAAGCGUAUAGACGAAGCAGUUAGAGUACAGGUGAAAACCGUGGCGGAGAAAGUGAAAAUGGACCAAGAACUUCCUCUACAUUCGAUUGACGAGGACGUCUACCAAACCAUUCAAGUGAUCUGACCAAAUGUCAUUCACAAAUCUAUACAGCGAGACCUGUUUAAGCCGACAUGCUCUAGGAGAAAAAUGUAUCUGAUUAAACAGAAUGUCGGAUUGUAAAAUGUAACCAGAACAUGAAACAAAGACUUGUGAAGAGACAACACAGCUCGCCGGGAAGCAUGAUUCUACUUAACAUAUCUUGGUUCAAAAUGAUAAAGGUUUUAAAAAGUAAGAUUUUAAGGUCAAUGUCAUUAUAUAAAACGUUUUAGUACCCUAUUUGUAAGGCCUGGUCUUAUCCCCUUACCUCAAAAUAUAUAAUCAAUGUUAACGUACUUCCACCCUCAUUUUACGUCAUAAGACUUCGCAAAGUCAAUGAUUUAUUAAGAUUUAUGCAUGACAGGAACAUAAAUUUUGUUGGAAUGUUUUUCAAUAGUUAUUGUAAAAAUUCUUGUUAACCAUAAUAUAUUUCAAAAAUCGAAGUUAUAUAUGAAUAAUCAAUUAUAUGUUUCAAAAUAUUGAAUACAAGGACAAUAACUCUGUUUUCAUUAAACCCUUUAUUAAGUCCAUUGUGCGAUAGAUUUCCUUUAUUUUUCACUAGCGUUUUUGUAUAUUUUGUUCAAAGAAAAAGUUUCAUGAAAAUGGUUAUGGGUUCAUGUACUAUUAUAUCAUUUUAACCAGUUAGUGUUAAAUUUUGGGAAUGCUUUUUAGGAAAAAUUGCAAUUUUCAGACGUUGAUAACGUGCCAAUUGAUAAAAACAUCAAUACUGCAA